AUGCCCUCGAAACAGACUGCGUCAGCUGGGGAUCAAAACCUAUCCAUAUGCGUCCGCAUUCGACCAAUGUCAAAAGAAGAAUUGAAGAAAAAUGCGUUGAAAGUUUGCUAUCGUGUUGACGAAAAGUUGAUCUCCAUGAUUGAUCCGAUGGAUGAGGCCGACAUUAUGCUCCGAUCCAAACGAUCCAGAAAUCGUGAAUACACGUUCGACCACGCGUUUGAUGAAACCAGCAGUCAGGAAGAUGUGUUUCAGGCAACAACGGCCAGCCUGAUUGAACAUGUUGCCAAUGGUUACAACGCCACCGUGUUCGCUAGCGGGGCAACAGGUGCCGGUAAAACACAUACCAUGGUGGGUACGGAAGCCGAUCCGGGAAUCAUGGUUCGUGCAAUGGACGAACUACUCAAUUUCAUGGUACAGACCUCCGACGAAUACCUGUACACAAUUGGAAUGGCCUAUAUGGAAUUGUACAACGAACUGAUUCGUGAUUUGCUCAAUCCCGGAUCGGAUUUUCUCGAAUUGCGUGAGGAUACCAAAGGGAUUCAAGUGGUUGGGUUGCGAGAAGUGGAGCCGACCACACGACAGGAGGUGUUCGAACUGCUCCAGCGGGGCAACCAGAAUCGUACCACCGAACCGACAGCCGCGAACCGGACCAGUAGCCGAUCGCAUGCCAUUCUUCAGAUUACCGUCCGACAACGUUCCCGUGUGGUCAAUGUGACUGAGGAGAUCAAUGUGGGCAAACUGUUUUUGAUCGAUUUGGCUGGAUCUGAACGCGCAUCAAAGACAUUGAAUCGAGGCAAACGGAUGACGGAAGGCGCGCAUAUCAAUCGAUCCUUAUUGGCAUUGGGGAAUUGUAUCAAUGCAUUGGUAUUACAUAGUGACCAAUUUUUAUCUCUUCCUCGUCCUGUCCCAUUCCCCGUUGUUUACAUUUCGCCCCCACCCCUGCUGUUUUGUUCUGUCCUGGGAACAGCGGACACCAAUAGCAAACGGUACGUGAACUUUCGUGACAGUAAACUCACUCGCCUACUGAAAGAAGCUUUGGCUGGUAAUUGUCGUACCGUUAUGAUUGCGCACAUCAGUCCGUCCAGUUGGCAUUUCGAGGAAUCCUACAACACGCUGGUCUAUGCGGAUCGGGCUAAGAGUAUCAAAACCAAGGUUCGUCGCAAUGUGGUUGAUGUGAAUCAUCACAUCUCGCAAUAUACACAACUGAUCGAAGAAUUACGCAAUGAAAUCGCCUGGUUGAAAUCAAAUUUGACCGAAACGUCCGGGAAUAAAACACGUGAGUCGAUUCCCAUCUGCCCCCGCACGUAUGUGAUUGGACUUUUUGCCUGUUUUGUUGACCUUUUCUGCUGA